AUGGGUUACACAAUUAGAAAGCUAAGAAAGAAAGACAUAAAUGAAAACUAUUUUUCUCUUUUGUCCACCCUCACCACAGCGCCGUAUCCCGGGGCCGCAGAGGCCGAGAAGAUGUAUAGAUUCCUGCGAAACAACAGACAAACAUACAGCAUCUUUGUGGUAGUAUCCGCAGAGGACGAGGUGAUUGGGACAGGCACUCUCCUGACAGAAAGAAAGUUCAUCAGAGACCUUGGGACAGUGGGGCACAUAGAAGACAUAGUUAUAUCCAAGGAGUACCAGGGACACGGCCUAGGAAUGCAGCUGAUAAGAUAUCUAACGGAAAAAGCAAAAGAGAAAGAGUGCUACAAGGUUAUACUCGCAUGCAGCGAGGAGAACCAAAAGUUCUACGAGAAGUGCGGAUACUCAAAGAAAGAAGUGAUGAUGGCACUGUACAACUAA